AUGGUGGACAAGGCUUGGGUUCAUCUUUGCAGAGCUGAUCCUGGUUAUGAGAAAGGGGCGUCAGAGUUUGUUAGAGAUGUGGCUGCGGCUCUGGGAGACGUUGAUAUGAUCGUGUGUCCUUGCAUCGACUGUCGUAACAUAGAUCGUCAUUAUAGCAAUGUUGUAGUUGAUCAUCUUGUUACAAGGGGAAUGGAUGAGGCGUAUAAGAGAAGGUCUGAUUGGUAUCAUCAUGGAGAACUGAAUUAUGGUGUAGAAGGUGAAACAAAAUCAAGUCAGCGGAAUGAUGAGAUUGUCGGUCUGUAUAAAGCUGCUGGAUUCUUGGAUGAAGAGUUUGGGGCUACUUCUGACUUUGGUGAGAUUGCAGAGGGAGAAGACAAGAAAGAAGAUGAGUUCCUUGCCAAAAUUGUUGAUGCUGAAACACCACUGUAUCCAACUUGUGUCAACCACAGCAAGCUUUCUGCGAUUGUAUCCUUGUUCAGACUGAAGACACAGAACGGCUGGUCAGACAAGAGUUUUAAUGAUCUUCUCGAGACUUUGCCAGGGAUGUUACCAGCGGAUAAUGUCUUACACACAUCACUUUAUGAGGUCAAGAAAUUUCUGAAAUCAUUUGAUAUGGGUUACGAGAAGAUCCAUGCCUGUGUCAACGACUGCUGCUUGUUCAGAAAGAAGUACAAGAAGCUUGAGAAUUGUCCAAAAUGUAAGGUUUUCCGGUGGAAGACAAACAUUCACACUGGUGAAGUGAAACAAGGUGUGCCACAGAAAGUUUUACGCUAUUUUCCAAUAAUCCCAAGACUGAAGAGAAUGUUUAGAUCAGAGGAUAUGGCUAGAGAUCUAAGGUGGCAUUUCACUAAUAAGAGCAUCGACGGCAAACUCAGACACCCGGUGGAUUCAGUUACUUGGGAUCAGAUGAACGCCAAAUACCCUUCCUUUGCAUCAGAAGAAAGGAACGUGAGGCUUGGACUUUCCACAGAUGGCUUUAAUCCGUUCAACAUGAAGAACAGUAUGUAUAGCUGCUGGCCUGUUUUGCUUGUCAACUACAACUUACCACCUGAUUUAUGCAUGAAGAAGGAAAACAUAAUGCUUACAUUGUUGAUUCCUGGUCCACAUCAGCCUGGAAAUAGCAUUGACGUCUACUUGGAGCCGCUCAUAGAGGAUCUAAACCACUUGUGGAAUAACGGAGAGGUCACAUAUGACGCCUUUAGUAAGUCUACUUUCACUCUUAAGGCGAUGCUACUUUGGACAAUAAGUGAUUUCCCGGCGUAUGGAAAUCUUGCAGGCUGCAAAGUGAAAGGUAAAAUGGGAUGUCCUUUGUGUGGGAAAAAUACUGAUUGUAUGUGGUUGAAGUUCAGCAGGAAGCAUGUGUACAUGUGUCAUAGAAAGCGGCUGCCACCUACACAUAGUUUUAGGGGAAAGAAGUCGUGGUUUGAUGGCAAAGUGGAACUGGGCAGAAAGGGAAGAAUUUUAAGUGGUCGAGAAAUAUGUCAGAAUCUCGGGAAUUUCAAGAACAAAUUUGGAAACUUGAAACGAUCUGGUAGAAAGAGGAAAAAGCCUGUGUGUACAUCUGUGGGCUCUGAAGUUGAGGAUUUAUCCAGUGAGUCAGAGGCAGAAGAAGAGGAAGAAUUACAAGUAGAUGUGGAGGAGUUACUGCGAUGGAAGAAAAAAUCAAUCUUUUUCAAGUUACCUUAUUGGGAGGAACUCCCUGUGAGAUAUAACUUGGACGUAAUGCACAUUGAGAGGAAUGUGGCUGCAAGUAUAGUGUCUACAUUGUUGCAUUGUGGCAAGUCGAAAGAUGGUCUUCAGGCUCGUAAAGAUUUGGAGGAGUUGGGUAUUAGGAAGGAUCUACAUCCAACCAUCAAAGGGAAACAGACGUAUCUACCAGCAGCACCUUGGUCUCUUUCCAUGACAGAGAAGAAAAUUUUUUGCAAGCGCCUAUUAGACUUCAAAGGCCCUGAUGGAUAUUGCUCAGACAUUUCAAGAGGUGUGUCAUUAGAUGAGUGUAAGGUCACUGGCCUGAAAUCACAUGACUAUCACGUCCUAAUGCAACAACUUCUUCCAAUUGCCCUUAGAGGCUUGCUACCCAAAGGUCCAAGGCUAGCAAUUGUACGCUUAUGCGCGUUUUUCAACCAUCUGUGUCAGCGAGUCAUAGAUAGAGAACAACUACUGGUAAUGGAAGAUGAGAUUGUUGAGACUCUUUGUAUGUUUGAGAGGUUUUUUCCCCCAAGCUUCUUCGAUAUAAUGGUGCAUCUGACGGUACAUCUAGGAAGGGAAGCACGACUUGGUGGUCCAGUCCAUUUUAGGUGGAUGUACCCAUUUGAAAGGUAUAUGAAAGUUUUGAAGGAUUUUGUCAGAAAUCCUGCUAGACCAGAGGGAUGUAUCGCUGAAUCUUACCUUGCUGAAGAAUGCAUCCAGUUUUGUAGUGAUUUUCUGAGAAAUACUACAACUGUGCAAGAAAAACUCGAUAGAAACACCGAGUACGAGAAUGUAUCCAUUCUGGAGGGUCGUCCAAUCUCUGCAGGCUCUCCAGUAACUCUAACUGAAAUGGAGAAGAACAUAGCCCAUCUUGCUGUCAUCCAAAACAUGGCAGUCGUUGAACCUUACGUAGAAGUAACGGAAAUUAUUCUGUUGGAUUAUAAUGUAUUCUAUGUGGCUCUAUUCCGGUGUCAGUGGGCAGUUCUGGGAAAUGGAGUUAAGAAAGAAGAUGGUUUCACACUUGUUAAUCUGCAUCACAAUCAGACUUCUUUCUUACGAGACCCAUACAUUUUAGCCUCACAAGCGAAGCAGGUUUUUUACUCUAGGGAAGAUGAGUCAUCAAGUUGGUAUGUGGUUAUGAGAGGGCCUUGUAGAAGAUACAGUAAGGAAGAAGUCCAAGAAGGAAAUGCAGACAUUGGGCCAUUGCCAUCUACUGUUGUCAUGGAUGUUGAUAUGGAUGAGUCUGAGAAUUCACGAACUGAUUGUCAAGGCAUAUAUGUUUGA